AUGGGUCAAUCCGCUUUUCCAUUUCGUUUGGAAAUUCCAAUGAAAAGAUUUCUUUUGUUUCUUUUUUUAUCAACAGUUGACGCUGGUUUCACUGCUCAAUGCUUCACAACUCGUUUCAACCAUGCCAUUUCAAAUGCCGAUCCGGUCACUGAAUUGUUUGAGUUGAAUUUAGCGGAUUGCCUGAAUUAUUGCAUUCUGAAUGCAGCGAAAGCUGGGGACGGUUGUUCAUCGAUUGUCUACCAUAAAGAGUUUAACACUUGUCAAAUCUAUGGCCAUGACGGAACGAUGGGUGGAGCACAAAUUGUCCCUGUUAACAAUCACGAUUACUACAAUCGAUCUAGUUACAUAGGUGCUUGCCAGGAUCGUGUUGGCUACCAGCAACGACCACGACAGUACAGUGUUCACACGGUGAAGGAACCUUUUCCCGAGUUGCCCGAUUUGCCAACGAUUCUCGUUAACUCGAAAGACUCAUUUGAACAAUCAAAAGAAGAAUUGGCUGUGAUUGAGAAUGUUCACCCAAAUGAGAACUCGAACAAGGAUGUUGCUUCUCCGGAUGAGUUUCUCCGUCUCAAACAUCUCACCGACAUUCUUGAUGGAGAGGCUGAAGUGCCGGCUGAGGAAACGAUCACUUUCUUCAAUCCGACAAUGACCAAUCUUUGCACUAAACAAGAAGUCGUUUCCUAUUUCGUGCUCUUUGGGAAAUCCCUAUCGGCAGCCGUUCGACCGUCAAAAGUUCGCGGAAUCGAUCAAAGCAGUUGUAUUAUGUACUGUUCGCAGAAUAUUAACUCAACCGGCUCAAAAUCUCCAUGUUAUGCCGCAAAUUACGAUCCAGCUCUCGAGGAGUGUCGUUUAUAUGAUAAAGACGCGAAAUCCGAUCGCCAUUCGGCUCAACUCGCUGACGAUAAGAAUAUCAUUUUUGUGGACAAAUUCUGUAUACAAACCAAAAAGGACUGCUCAGCCGAUUCCCCAUACAUUGUUUACAUGCAUAAACAGAUCACCCAAAAGAUCGUCGCUCAUUAUCCGGAUGUUCACUCGAUUGUCGCCUGUAUGGCACUUUGCAUAGAUCAUGGAGGGUGCAAGGCUACAACAUAUAAACUUGGAGGUCUUUGCAUCUUGCAUGGUGCCUCACCGGCUGUUGAUUCGAAUCUCUUAGUUGAUGGAAAUGAAAAGACGAUGGUGGUUGAGAAUGGCUGUCAGACAAGUGCAAGAGCUGUGCCAAGCUUGCUUUCUGGAGCAAUGGAACGAAUGGGCUCUGAACAAUCACAAGAAGCUGAGAGGGAAGUCGCGGCAUCGGAUUGGGGAGAAUGGUCUGGUUGUCAAUUCGGCUCUCCGGGUUCCCGAAUGCGUUCACGAACAAGAGAAUGUUACGAGGAGGAUUAUGAUGACUGUUUCAAUAGUAUUACGAGAAAAACGAUCGACAAUUCCUCACCGAUUGCCACUUUUGACUUGAUUUCCCUGCAGACAUGUAUGAUGCAGUGUAUUCAAUCGACCACCAAUUAUAAAAAUCGAGAAUGUUUUUCGUUCACAUAUGACAGAGCUACGAGGAAUUGUCGAAUUUUCGAUCACGAUGGGAGAAAGGUUCCCGCAAUUCUUCUCCCAGCGAUGAAUUUCGAUUUCUACAAGAAAAUCUCUAUUGAAAAUCAUUGUGGAGUUGAAAGAGUUGUCUCAUCGACACAAAUUGCUACUCAACCUGAAGCAACUCUUGCUCAAAAGUCAAAUUUUCACAACAUCGAAGAAGAGAUCUUACGAGCCACAAAUGAGCUUUUGGAACAUAAAGCUGUUGUUGCGGAAAGUCAAGCAGAAAUCUGUCAAACUUCAACGGGUUACUAUGUGGUAAUCGGCAAUGAAAUCUUGCUUCCAACAAGCGCCGAUCAAAAUUCGAUGAAAGAAUUCUCUGAGAUUGAACAAGGAGACUGUGCAACAUUGUGCUCAAAAGAAGAGAGUCCCGAUGGUGAAAAGCUAAAAUGCAACUCGUUGAACUAUUUCCCGUUAACCCAAAAAUGUCAAAUUCUUUCAAUAUUGGCUGAACCGCAUGGAGAAGGGGAAUUGGUGGAGAAUCAAGAUUCGAUUUACGCCGAGAAAUUCUGUUUACCAACACACAAAAAUCAUUGUCAAAGUGAUGAAGUCUUCAUUUUGCAUGUGGAGAAACGAAUCAAAGAAAAGCCAUUCAAAGAAACGAUCAGUCAGAGUAUUACAAGUUGUUUGAAAGCCUGUUUAAAUACAGAUCAAUGUGCGACGUGUGUCUUCGAUUCAUCGCGUGGUCGUUGUCUUCUCCAUUCAACUCAAAUCGGCAAUGAUUUGAGUGUCACCGAGUACACGGCCGGCUAUGUUUUGAUCGAGAAUGGUUGUUAUAAAAAGGGAGUAAGGAUUUCCGAUCCAAUGAACUGGUCUCCAUGGUCCUCAUGCCAAUUCAAAUUGAAGGGAAAAACGAUUCGAACAAGGACAAGAGAAUGUCAAAAUUGUGAAGAUUUUCAAUAUGAAGAAUGC